CUUAAAUAUUAACGAAAAGGCAGGAUUUUCAACAAUUUAAUUAGCUUCCGUCCAACAUUAGUCGCUCUCCGGGUGAUGCUAAAGUUGAUCGGUUUCCGUGGGCGCUGCGUGGCCCGAUUCAAACAUUGCUAUGCCACAUGGUCUAAAACCAAAGCCAUGAAAGAAAAGAAGAAGAAAGAGGACACGUCGGGUUCGGUGUCAGAGUUGAAGCCGUGGCCAGCAUUUAUCCAGAAGAGGAUAGAGCUGUGGGACAAGUAUAAGGCUGAUUACGUAGAACAGUUGGCUGCGAAGCCUGAUAUGAGUAUAGUUGUCACAUUACCUGAUGGCAAGACCGUGGAAGCGAAAGCCUGGAGGACCACUCCAUAUGAUGUAGCUAAAGGCAUAAGCCAAGGCCUAGCUGACUCCACAAUCAUCGCUCGAGUCAACAACGAGCUAUGGGACCUGGACCGGCCUCUAGAAGGUGACUGCAAGUUGGAGCUGCUCCGUUGGGACAACACGGACGCCCAGGCCGUCUUCUGGCACUCGUCGGCUCAUAUGCUCGGUGAAGCCAUGGAGAGGGUGUAUGGCGGCUGCCUGUGCUACGGCCCACCUAUCGAAGAAGGAUUCUACUAUGACAUGUUCUACCCAGAAAAAGGAAUAUCGUCAACCGAUUUCCACGUGCUAGAAGGUCUUGUAAAGAAGAUUGCUAAAGAGAAGCAGCCGUUUGAAAGACUGGAACUGACGAAGGAACAGCUCUUGGAGAUGUUCGACUACAACCCGUUCAAAGUUCGCAUUCUUAAUGAGAAGGUCAACACGCCUACAACCACUGUCUACAGGUGUGGCCCACUCAUCGAUCUGUGCCGUGGCCCGCACGUUCGUCACACUGGCAAAGUAAAAGCUUUGAAAGUUACUAAGAACUCAGCCACGUACUGGGAAGGCAAGGCUGAUGCGGAGUCCUUACAGCGGGUGUACGGUGUGUCGUUCCCGGAGCCCAAACAGCUCAAAGAGUGGGAGACCAUACAGGAAGAAGCUGCUAAGAGGGACCACAGGAAGAUUGGGAGGGAACAAGAGCUUUUCUUCUUCCACGAGCUGUCCCCAGGCUCGUGUUUCUUCCAGCCGCGCGGUGCGCACAUUUACAACACGCUCGUCAACUUCAUCAGGGAACAAUAUAGAGUGCGAGGCUUCCAGGAGGUGGUAUCCCCAAACAUGUACAACGCCAAGCUGUGGCAGACUUCGGGCCACUGGGCUCAUUACUCGGAGAACAUGUUCUCCUUCGAUGUGGAGAAGGAAACCUUCGCGCUCAAGCCUAUGAACUGCCCUGGACAUUGCUUGAUGUUCGACGUGCGCUCGCGGUCGUGGCGCGAGCUGCCGCUGCGGCUGGCCGACUUCGGCGUGCUGCACCGCAACGAGCUGAGCGGCGCGCUCACCGGCCUCACGCGCGUGCGCAGGUUCCAGCAGGACGACGCGCACAUCUUCUGCGCGCCGCACCACAUCGAGGACGAGAUGGUGGGAUGCCUUCAGUUCCUAGAGCACAUAUACUCGACGUUUGGCUUCACCUUCCAAUUGAAGUUGUCCACUCGCCCAGAGAAGUACCUCGGGGACCUGGCCACUUGGGAACAAGCCGAGAAAGCUUUAGAAGACUCGUUGAACAAGUUCGGGAAGCCGUGGCAGCUGAACCCUGGUGACGGCGCGUUCUACGGGCCCAAGAUAGACAUCACCAUACAAGACGCGUUAAGACGCUCACACCAGUGCGCCACCAUACAGCUGGACUUCCAACUCCCAGAGAGGUUCAACCUCAACUACGUCAGUGAGUCCGGCGACAAGAAGCGUCCAGUGAUCAUCCACCGCGCGAUCUUAGGGUCGGUGGAGCGCAUGAUCGCGAUCCUGAGCGAGUCGUACGCGGGCAAGUGGCCCUUCUGGCUCAGUCCGCGACAGGUGUGCGUCGUGCCCGUCGGCCCCGCGUUCGAUGACUACGCUGUGCAGGUCAACGAGAAGUUGUUCGCGGCGGGAUUCAUGUCGGAGGUGGACACCGACGCCGGCGACACUCUGAACAAGAAAGUGAGGAACGCGCAGCUUGCGCAGUUCAACUUUAUUCUUGUGGUGGGCGAACGCGAGAAGAAUUCAGGCACAGUGAACGUUCGCACUCGCGACAACAAAGUGCACGGCGAGAUGUCCGUAGAGGCGCUCAUAGAGAAACUGAACACUUUGGUGAAGGAGAAAACCUUGUCUGAAGAUAGUCAGCUGCUCAAAUAGUACUCUAUAACCACCAGUAUGUACAGUGCCCUAACAUAAGUAACUACUUUCCCGUUUUUGACGUGAUUAUGAUAUGGCGGACCCAACUAGUUGACCAGCUAGUUCUGCCCAUAAGCAAUAGAUGGCGCACUAUGUUCAAUGCAGAUGGCCUAAAACGCGCUAGCGAAGUUCGCACAAUGCGAGGCAUAUAUACAACUUCCAACGUAACACCGUUGGAUCGUCGAUCUCUGCCCGAGGCACACUACCAACUUGUGGCUAGCGGGGUACCAUGCUCAAUCCAGGAAUCAGUCAUACCUUCGGGCGCCGAUAUUUUUCUAUACCUAAAGCCUACCACUUGACUAUCGGGGAUAAAAGUGCCCCAAUAAGUAUGUAUAUUUAUGUUAGUGCACUGACUGUGCGUUGUGUAUGUCGAGUAGAACGUUAUAGAGUAAUUUUGUCUAUCCUCUGUCUUAAUUCGGUGCAAAAAAGUGGUAAAGCCUAUGGCAGUGGUGAGAAAACUCACGUUUAUUCAUAGCCAAAAUGAUUGUUUUUCGGCAUUAACGAUUCUUUUUUGCAUCUAAUUAUGUAAGGAGGUAUAAGCAGGUACUUUAUUAGAUAAAAAGUUUGCAUUCUCAAGAUUUUAACCCAGUUUUUGAAGGAAUAAACUUUAAAUUAAACCUCGCCGGUUGCGAUAUUAAACUUGUUUUAAUCCGCGGCGUAAGUUGAACAAAAUGGCGGACGUACGUGUAGGUAGCUGGUUGUCAUGGUUACGCGCUGCGCCUUGCGUCCCAAAUAAUUCGUCACGGCGCAUUCAAGGUCAUUGAUCAACUUAUGCGCGAUACCACUUCUUAUAAAGAAAAUAAACUAUAAAGUUAAACACAGGCCAUUUAAGACUUUCUCCGAUUUUUGUAACGGCGUUUUUUAGCGUUAGCUUUGAAGUAUUAUGUUAUUGGCACCAAAUAUCGUCUUUUAUCUUUUGGUCCGAGUGUCUAGGAAUUUCUCUUCUCAAGUAGUAAUUUAUUUUAGUUCCAACUUUUCACUCUUCCUACAUUGUUAUAAUUUUGGAGUUAUAGCGUGGUGUGAUGGACAGCUGUCAGUAUAGUGUGAUAGACAGCAUGUUAUUGGUGUCCCUUUCGCACAGGGCUGCACUCUUCUGUCCUGCUGUCAUCUCUCCAUGCUAAGGGUUGAGCACACCGCAUUGUACUUUCCUAUAUUUGCUAUCCUUUUCUGUCACUCAGACCUGCGGGCUUAGCACCGUAAGCGCGCGACUCUUUCUCGCCUCGACAUACGUCACCCGUCACUCUCUCACAGUACUGCACAGAAAGAGACAGAUGAUCUGUCGCGGCGAGAAAGAGUCGCGUGCUUACAGUGCUCUAAGCUCGCUGUCAUUUUUUACAGCAAGAUAAACAGGGCUAACAUGGGCAAAGUGAUAAAAUUAUCCAUCGAUUCAAUCAAUUUUGUCGAAAUCGAUAAGUUUUUUUCCCUAGCAUGUGUGCCAGGUGAUUUUGUUCGUAUUUUGACAGAAUGACGUGACUUCAAUCGACAAAACGACAUAAUUAUAUAAGAGAGGGCGCCGCGUGGUGUCGCGUUAUCUCGCUCUAACAAAUGACGGUCCUGAGUGACAGAAAAGGAUAGAUAGUAAAGUGCGAUGCCAGAUAUAGCCCAACUAUAAAUGAAAAUAACAUAGGUUUUACAGUGCUUACUAUUGCAAUUACUAAAUAAGCAUUUACCUAAUAUUCCAAUAUGGUAAUAUUUAUUUUAAACUUACUAUUUAUAAGAUGAAUUAAGUUCAUGGUGAAUAAAAAACGUUUUUAAAA